AUGUUGACCGAAAACGCCCAAAAGGAGGAAUACAUCCUCAAUGAGGUGGUCAAUAACCAAACCUCCGAGUGCAAGCGCAUGUACGUCAAGGAGUACAAGAAGAUCGGUGAAGGUGCUUUUGGUACCGUCGUCGAGGCCGCUUUGGCAUACGUUGACAGUAAUGACAAGCCCAGCGACGAGAGACUCGGACCCUUUGCCAUCAAGCGAGUCUUGGCCCAGACGGAGUACAAGUGCAGAGAGCUAGAGAUAUUGCGCACCGUCAAGCACCCCAACAUCGUCUCGUUGCGGUUUUUCUUUGACAAACGCUCGCAGCUUGACGGCAAGGUGUACCAGAACCUCGUCAUGGAGUGCUUACCUUCGAACUUGCAGAAUGAGAUCAAGUACUACCGCCAGUCAAAGUACACUAUUCCAUAUCCACACAUGAAGGCUUACACCUUCCAAUUGACAAGGGCAAUGCUCUACUUGCACAGUCUCAACAUUCUGCACCGUGAUAUCAAGCCCUCCAAUAUAUUGGUGGACCCCUCCACCGUCAGAUUGAAGGUGUGUGACUUCGGGUCUGCCAAGCAGCUAGAACCAAACCAGCCCUCCGUCAGCUACAUUUGCUCGCGGUACUACCGCGCUCCAGAGCUUAUUGUUGGAUGCACAGUCUACACCACCAAGAUUGACAUUUGGGGCUUGGGAUGUGUCAUUGCAGAGAUGUUUUUGGGUAAGCCCAUUUUCCAGGGACAAUCAUCGGAGUUGCAAUUGAAGGAAAUUUCAAAGCUUUUGGGUCCUCCACCCAAGACAUUCUUCUUCAAGAGCAACCCACAGUAUAGAGGCAAUAUGUUCUCCACGAAAUUGUUCAGCUGUUCCGUGCAAGAAAGAUUUGAGCUGAUAUUCUCGACGUCACCUCCUGAUGUGAUUGACUUGUUACUUAAGAUCCUUGUUUACGAUCCUGAAUUCAGAGCGAGCCCGAGAGCUGUGCUCGCCCACCCUUUCUUCCACGAACUAAAAAAGGAGAACUUUCAGGUAUACCCUAGAGGCGCACAGGAGCCCAUGGAGCUAAAUUUGUUUGACUUUACGCCGUACGAACUAGAAUUGAUGGGUCCUUACAAGGAGCAGUUCUUAAAAAGAUAA